GAGGGUACAUGUAGCUUGUGAGUUGUGAAGGGCCGAGAUCAAACUGUUCUGGAACGAAACGGAUCGGAUGAAGGCCAUCAAGUAGUAAACGAAGGAAGAAGUCGCAUGCUCGACCUUGACCGCACGUUCGGUGCGAACUUUGUGGCCACAAGUCUGUUUCUGCGUCGUAGCAAGAGCACCGGACACGCAUAGUGUUGGUCGCGUUGUCUGUAGAUUGUGUAGAUUUGUACGGUCAAAGUCUCAAGAUACCUGAUUAGCAGUUUUUAGAGAAAACAUUCGAAUCUGAGCUUGUUGAAAGUGGCCUCUGCAGUGACACCAGCGGCGUCACAGGCCGUGGGAAACAUGGAUGAAGUUCCCACAUCCGUGUCACUGCCAGACCUGAAAGCCCAUCGUCGACACGUAUCUCCUCCCAAGUCCAACAUGCUGAAACGUAUGCGGCUGGCUGGAAAACUCAAUGGCCGCAGUGCUCAACGGAGCAAAAAGCCUUCUAUAGAAGAACACAGCUCCACACCGAAACCGCAUAGAAAUUUCAGCCAGUUAGAGGAUGAAAGCAGACAACUGCUUCGGUGCAGGAUGGCUGAAAGGGAAGCCGACUACACGAAAACGCAGCAUCUGAGGGUGUUCUGUGGAACAUGGAAUGUGAAUGGCAAGGCACCUCCAGCGUCACUCAGAGACUUCUUGCUCGUUGAUGAUCCACUUCCGGAUGUAUUUGUCAUUGGAUUUCAGGAGCUCGACCUGCGCGCAGAAGUUCUGGUUCUGAACGAGACAAACCGUGAGAAGGAGUGGAUAAGUGCCAUCGAGACUACCCUGGGACCAUCAUAUGCUGAAGUGAAGACCGUGCGCCUCGUGGGCAUGAUGCUGGUCGUGUUCGUCCGUCAGGACAUGCGCGAGCUCAUUCACAACGUCGACGCGCAAACCGUGGGCACGGGCUUGAUGAGAAAGAUGGGCAACAAGGGCGGUGUGUCAAUACGUGCAACAUUCAGCAUGACUCCACUCUGCUUUGUGUGUUCACAUCUGGCUGCACAUCAAGAGGAAGUUGAGCGUAGAAAUGAGGACUACCACGAAAUCUUAUCACGUACGACUUUCGACGACGGCACAGGCAUCGCAGAUAAUGAUGUGAUACUGUGGGUGGGCGAUAUGAAUUACCGGCUCAUUUCCAGCUCGCGUGUCGAUGACUCUGCAGUGCGCUCGAUUGCUGUUUCUGACUUCUCUCAGCUACUUGACAUGGACCAGCUUGCGAGAGAACAGCUGUGUGGGCGGACGUUUCAGGGCUUCCAAGAAGGCCCCAUUGUCUUUCCGCCCAGCUACAAGUACGAUCCAGGCACCGACCAAUUUGACUCGAGUGAGAAAUGGCGUAUGCCUGCUUGGUGUGAUCGAGUGUUAUUCCGUGGCGAGGGUGUCGAGGUAGCAAAAUAUCGGAGCCACAUGGAGCUAAAGACUAGUGACCACAAGCCCGUCAGUGCGUUGUUACGUGUGCCGGUGAAGGUAAGCGACCCGGCUCUAGAGAAGGAGGUGUUUGCCGAGGAGCUGUUCGAUAUGGAUCGCAUGGCAAACAACAGGAUGCCCAACGUGCAGCUUAGCGCCGUCGAGCUGGAAUUCAAGGACGUGAAAUUCUUCGAAUCUGAAGUUCAGUAUAUAAAAGUGACGAAUACUGGAACUGUUCCAUGUCGCUUCAGCUUUGUCAACAAGUUAGAGUCGGCAGCAACGAUACCGCCAUGGCUCACCAUCAAGCCGUCGUUUGCUAUUCUGCAGCCAGAGAAGUCCAUGACGCUGUCGUUCACAGUCUCGGUUGCAGCCAACCAGCUGUCCUGGUUCAAUGUGCAGCCGCAGAAGGACGCCAUCCUCAUCUUCCAUCUGGACGGCAGUCGCGACUUCUUUCUCAACAUCUCUGUGAACUUCCAGCAGACUUUGUUCGGCCGCAACCUAGGUGAACUGGCAAUCAUGACUCGCACGAGUAGUGAGGGUACACUGGGUGCAACGCGGUGCCGUGCCUCCGGCUUUAGCUUGGACUCAGACACGGUCUUGGUCUCGUUACACAAUUCUGUCGUUGAGAGUGAUACAGCAGACAUUGACCAUCCACCCCGGCCGCUUUGGGCUCUGUUUGACGCCCUGGGCGAGCGAGGCUUAGAAACGCCUGCUUUAUUCAUUGAUGGUGGUCGACAGAGUGAACUGGUGGAGAUCAGGAAUCAACUUGAUAACGGCAAUCUUGACCUACGAGACGUGGGUGUGCGCAGUGUCGGCGAGGCUCUGCUGGUCUUCCUGGAGGCAUUGCCCGAGCCGCUCAUACCAUAUCGCUAUCACACUGCCUGCUGCACCAUCAUCUGUGAUAAAGAGGCAUGUAGGACGUUGGUCGAUUCCAUGCCGGUUAUUCACCUGAUGGCCUUUACCAAGCUGAUGAUGCUGCUGUCGCUAUUGUUCGCCAAUGCAGCCCAAAACCAGUGCAACCGAGCCAGUGUCUUGUCAGCUUUUGCCAACGUUAUCUUUAGACCUUCUGAAGAGGAUGAAACUGCCAAGGAACGUGUGAGCAGGGAGAAAAAGUUCAUUCAGUUUCUGAAUCAUUUUCUAUCAGGAUAAGUGAAUUUUCCCUGCCAGCUACAGUCUCCAUCAUCUCCACUCUGUUUUAUAAACUUCAAGUACUUGAAUUUGCGGUUUAUUUCGUUGUACAUUUGUACAGCAUAUUUAUUUGAAAUUUUUUAUUUAUUUCUUUUGCACUUGGUGGUGGCGGUGGUGGUGGUGGUGGUGUGUGUGUGUGCGCGUGUGUGUGUGUAUGUGUGUGUGUGUGUGCGCGCAAUGUCGAGUAUUAUAGGUGCGCUGCUUGUUCGUGUUUGCUGUUGUAUGAAUCGCUUUUAUCUUUGCCCGCGCUGCGCAUAUCCACCCCAUCACGUUCUUGCAUAGGGUCUACGAGUGCUGCCUUGUCUUGCUGUGCUCUUGUUCUUAGCUUGCUUUGCUGUCCACUGCUACUGUCUCUUGUCCACUUUGCUUAGCCUGAAAAUAUGUUUCACAAAGUCCAGCCACUUUCAUGAAACACACCCACGGCUACAUGUACACCGUGGCUAUCUAUCCAGUUUAGGCAUUCCCUCUGUUUGCCAAACACACAAGACACAAUUAUGAUCUGUUGACAUUCUGAUCUGAUAUGACUUCACACUGAUUUCCUUUAGUUGUGGCGAAAUUAACCUAUCCUGACGAGUCUGUCGAGGUUGCAGGCCAACUUGACCUAUGUGGCCGCAAGUUCCUUAACAAGCUUUUUUUUUUUUUUUUUU